UUUGCCUGCAUCUGCAUGGUCGCCGGCGGCAUCCAGUACGCCUGGGCGCUGCAGCUCUCCCUCCUCUCCCCCUACUCUCAGAGUCUUGGGAUCCCACACCAGCGCGUUUCCCUCGCUUGGAUCUGCGGACCUAUCGCUGGGUUUGUUGUGCCACCCAUCGUGGGUUACUACAGCGACCGGUGCACAGCGAUGAUGGGCCGGAGAAGACCCUUCAUCGUCGCGGGAUGUCUCGUCAUCUGCCUCUCCAUGAUGCUCAUCGGCUUCUCGGCGGACAUUGGGCGGCUACUCGGGGACACCAAGGAGCAUUGCACCACCAGCACGGGCCCUCGCUGGGCCGCCAUAGCUGUGUAUAUUGUCGGGUUCUGGUUCCUCAAUUUCGCCAACAAUGCCGCCCAAGGUCCGGCUCGUGCGCUGAUGGCUGAUCUCUCUGCGGGAAACUAUAUGCCCAGCGUCGGGCAGGCCAUCUUCUGCGGGUGGAUGGCCAUCGGCAACAUCCUGGGCUGUAUGGCUGGUGCCGACGGUGAAUGGCACGUGUGGCUCCCUUGGCUCAAAACUACGGCGUGCUGCGAAGCCUGCGCAAAUCUCAAGGGCGCCUUCCUCACCGCUGUGAUCGUCAUUAUCAUCAGUACGUCCAUCACCAUGUAUAUUGCUGAAGAGAAGCAGCUCGACAAUGCCGACGUGGAGGCCCCCUUUGGCCGACGUGGAUGCAUAUGCGGCUUUGGCGACUUCUUCAAGAGCUUGAAGAACCUUCCCCCAUCUAUGUUCAAAGUGCUCGCCGUCACGGCUGUAACCUGGCUGGCGUGGUUCCCCUUCAUCCAGUAUGGCACUGACUGGAUGGGCAGGGAGAUCUACCACGGCGAGCUGCAGGGGCCCAAGGUGGCCGUCUACUAUGCCGGCGUCCGCGAGGGCGCCGUUGGCCUGCUGCUCUCUUCUAUAUGCCUCUUGGCCGCCGCCUUCAACACCCCCCACCUUUGCGGUAGGCUCACGUCAAGGGUCGUGUGGUCCUUAAGCAACUUCAUCCUAUUUGGCAUCAUGACGGCCAUGGUGAUCCUUGGCUUGGUCUCUACCAAGGGGUACAACGCGUCUUUUACGGCUGGCCUCACCGGCCCUGACCCCAAGCUCAGGGUCAUCGCGCUCUCCCUCUUCGCGCUCAUCGGAAUCCCACAGGCCGUGUUGUUCAGUGUACCGUGGGCUGUUGCUUCUAAGCUUGCCGACGACAGUGGCCAAGGCCUCGCCAUUGGUGUCCUCAACAUUGGUGUCCUCUGUUUUACGAUUUCUCUUCGUGAAAAUUGUUUUGCGCUACCGCAUGUCAGUGGGUUAAAGGAACUAUUUUCUGUUACAAGAAAACAAGACAUUGAUUCAUUUGAUCCCAACGAGAAGAAAAAGAAGUUCCUGGACGUGCAUGUAUUGAAGGGGGGUAAUUGCAUGCGAGAGGUCGGCGGUGACUGGCGUGAGGACUUGCUCGCCGCCGUGAGCGAAGCGCGGCCAUGUGAGCUGCUUGUGCUUAUGCACGCUGUACCAGCGGCUCGACCUCCCUCGAUGCCCUCCAUGACCCACAUAUCCUCCUUGUUCAUCGCCUGCGAGACGUGGCUAAUGGCGAUGCAGAGCCUCCAUUUGGCGACGCCAGAUAUGAUGGAGGGUAUUAGGCGACAGCACGGACGGCAGUGA